GCAACAUGUGCAUCUCGACCGACGUCGCGUUGUCAUGCCAGGCGGGUCGAUGCGGCAGGCGCUCCACGAUGCCCUCCAACAAGCCGACGAAGUGGAGAAGCAGCACAAGAAGCGCCACCGCGAGGCUCAGCGCCGGUACCGAGACCGUGCUGAGCGUGAAGUGCACGUGCUCCAAGCUACAAUCCGCGCUCUGGACACCCAACGCCAGACGCUCGUGCUGUCGCAGCCUGGGCACGCACUCGCCAAACUGCAGUGGCGCGACGUUGCGCGCGCCCUGAAAGACGACGUCUAUGAGCAGCAGGGGAACCAGCACAAGCUGCGCUUCCAGAUAAAGGCCAAGCGAACCCUCGCGCGCGCACUCGUGGUGUGGGUCACGCAGCUGGCGUCGCCGCACAAAAACUUGCCAGCGCCAGCCCAAGCGCCGUGGCACCUCUCAGCGCUCGUGGCCUCGGGUCAAGCACGGCGCGUCGGCGGUGCUUGGAUCAUUCAGCAUCUCCAGCAUCAGCUUCCCCAAUGGAUUGCGAAGAGCAAUUUUCCUCGCAUCCUCGACCCGCUUGCAGCCAUCCGAGCCUUGCCGUACGUCGCCGUGACAGUGUCGCCAUUUGGCCCGUCGGUACAAUUCUCGAUUCGCAAGCAGCGCGUGGCGCCCUACAGCUCGGAUCUCAUCUACGCGGCGUACGAGACGCUUCAGCCGCCCAAAGGCGGUCGUGUGCUCGAGGUCGUGGAUGCCAAUACACGAUACAUUCAGUACCCCAAGGCGAACGACGAGAUGAUUGAGCACCACAUGGUACACAUGCGCACCACCUUUGACGGGUUUGUCAUUUUGAUCCAAGGCAUUGUCGACGAUGUGUCAUUUCCGCUGCUGCCGCGAACGCGCUACUGGACAAGCUGGACGGUUGGAUGUCGCGUCGGCCCGCACUUGACGCUGCUUCAAGAUGGGUAUGAUUUUACGGGUGAAAUGCUUCGUGGUACCUUCGUGCCCCUCGAGUCUGUCAGCUCCGUCUUUUCUCUGCUGAGCGAAAGCGGAGUUGACCCGCUCUUGGGUAUCGACACGUACGAGCGACGAAGCCAAGUCUUCUUUGAAGCGUGCAACGACGACGACGUGGUGCGCGUCGACUCGUUGGCGGCGAGCAUUCAAGCUAGUCGCAACGAAUAACUCCAGCAGUGUAGCAUUCUAUCAUUCGUUAGCUCUUGUAGAGUUCAUCAAUAGCUCGCUGUCUCAUAAAGGGUCAA